UAAACUCAAGCUGCUAUAGACACUAAGUAGCUACUGAUGAUAGGAAGCUAUGAAGCCCCAGGCUGAUGUUAGACUCUAGUCCCUGAAGGUUGACAGAACACAUUGUAAGCAGGUCCUGUGAGUUCUGCCUCUUAAAAUCUCUUCUGAGUGGCAGCUUCCUCCCUGCCAUUGUAAUUGUGGCUUCAUUACCUAUUACUUAUACUAAUACAGUAUUGCUCUAACCAAUCUCUGAAGUUAUUUUCCUAAAAUCCACUUCUGGUUAUAUCCCUUCUCUGCUCAAAGCCUUUCUUGACCUCCUGUUGUGCUCCAGUAGGUAAAAUUCCUCAUAUUCCUCUCUAGGCCUCCCCUGCCUUUCCAUCCUAACCCUGACUUCCCCAGUACUGCUCCCUUGUAGGUACCCUGUGCUUCAACCAGCCUGCCUACUUACUUCCCUGAAUAUUCAUCGGCGAUUUCCUGCUUCUUCACCUUUGUUUACACUAUUCUUUCUGCUUGAAAUGCUACCUUUGACUCCCCUUGGGCUAGUGUAAUAGAGGGAGCUUGGGUUUGGGGAUCAGAGAGACCUGGGUUCGGAUCCUGGCUUCACAACUUAUUAUUUGAACAAGUACUUUAAACAAGUAUUUAACUUUCUUGAGUCUCAGUUUCCUAAUCUGUAAAAAUGGAAAUAACAACACCCACCUUGCCAGGGUUGUUGUAAGGAUUAACUGAAAUUGUGUAUGCAAUGCAGUUGACAUACAGUCAAUAAAUGACAGAUCACUGUUGCUUUUUAUUAUCUUUGUUUUUUAAGAUCCUAACUUCAAAUGACAGCUUGCAUGGAUACUUUUUGGUUUCUCUUCCCUAAACUUAAAGGGAUCUCUUCUGAGCACAUACACUUUGGCUCUUAUUGCAUCCUGCCCUCUAUUGUAACUCUAUAAUUAGCUUACCUACCCAUCUGGGGGACUGGCAGCACACCGAAGGCAAAGGCUAAGUUUUACUCAUCGUUGUUCCCAACCACUAGAAGUUUGGCCCAGGGACUUCCCCAUAAUAGGCCCUCAAGGAAUGCUGGCUGGGAGAAUGUGUGCAUAAUGGGAGAAGAGAAGUUGGGGGCUGGGGCAUUAGAGCCUGGUGUGCUUGUGGUGAAAUUUUAUUUGGGGGGAAGUUGUGCAUGUGGGAUGGGUCUCUGCAAGAUCCAUUUGUGUAGGAACUGUGAGGUUUAGAUAAGCUGCAUGUAGGUAGCCUUGUGGGAAAGAGCUCUGUGCACAAACUGGGAUUCAUAGGGGAGAAUGAGUAUGCAUGGGUAGAUGUGGAGGCACUGUGUUGGAGGAAGUCAAGUCCAGCCCUUCAGCUAUCCAGUCCAGCCCUAAAUGAGCCUCCAGCAGCCCGAAGCCGGAUAUGUCAGUCUUACCCACAAACCCUCCCCCAACUCCCCGCGGUUGCGGACUCAGAGGCCAAAUUUGGUAACUGACUGAGUGUUAUUCCCCCAACCCUCUUACAUGCUGACUGUCUUGAGCUUUCUCUCUCUCUUUGUCCCUCUCUAUAACUCCCAAUCUUCCUGCAGUUCCCUUUGUGGGUAUCUGUGCUGACUGUAUUCUCCAUAUACCCCCAAAUUCUUUAGCCCCAAUACACUUACAUUCCAUUCCUUGCUGGGAUUUGACCUCCUGUCCUCCAUUUACACAACCCCCUCCCUCCAAUUGCCCAACUCCUCUGGAAUGCAUCUCAGGAAUGUAUCGAGGGAGGAGGAGUUCCCUGGGAGGGGGACACGGAGGGAGUGUUGCUGCUGUUCCAUAAAACAUGAUGGAAAGGGGAGCCAAGUUCUCAGGCCAGGGCAGGAACCAGAUAGCUUCUACUAAUACUUCCAGGGACUUGUUCUUUGCUACCACUUCAGACCAAUUCCCUCCCCCACAAUGACUAUGUGGAUGGCCACACAGGACCAGCCUGGGAGUUAGGGUAGCCAUGACUCAACUCCCUUAUCGGGGUCUCACCAGAAGCUUUUGAGGAAGAAGUGGGUGUCCAUAUGUCCGGAGGAAAUGGGGGGAGACGUGGAAUUUUAGCUUAGGGUGAAGGGUCCUCUCAGUCCUGCUCUAACUCCUUGGACUCCUGCUUCUCUGUCCCUCCAGCUCUCACUCCUGUGGUCAGCAACCCACAGCCAGGUACAGCCAGGCUGGAGAGCAGAAGCUGCCACCAUGGUUGCACUUUCGCUGAAGAUCAGCAUUGGGAAUGUGGUGAAGACAAUGCAGUUUGAGCCAUCUACGAUGGUGUAUGACGCCUGCCGCAUCAUUCGUGAGCGUAUCCCAGAGGCCUUGGCUGGCCCUCCCAGCGACUUUGGGCUAUUUCUGUCAGAUGAUGACCCCAAAAAGGGUAUAUGGCUGGAGGCUGGGAAAGCUUUGGAUUACUACAUGCUCCGAAAUGGGGAUACCAUGGAGUACAGGAAGAAACAGAGACCCCUGAAGAUCCGAAUGCUAGAUGGAACUGUGAAGACUAUCAUGGUGGAUGAUUCUAAGACUGUCACUGACAUGCUUAUGACCAUCUGUGCCCGCAUUGGAAUCACAAACCAUGAUGAAUAUUCGCUGGUUCGAGAGCUGAUGGAAGAGAAAAAGGAUGAAGGAACAGGGACCUUACGAAAGGACAAGACACUGCUACGAGAUGAGAAGAAGAUGGAGAAAUUAAAGCAGAAAUUGCACACAGAUGAUGAGUUGAACUGGCUGGACCAUGGCCGGACACUGAGGGAACAGGGAGUGGAGGAGCAUGAGACACUGCUGCUGCGGAGAAAAUUCUUCUACUCAGACCAGAAUGUGGACUCCCGGGACCCUGUACAGCUGAACCUUCUUUAUGUACAGGCACGAGAUGACAUCCUGAAUGGUUCCCACCCUGUCUCCUUUGACAAAGCCUGUGAAUUUGCUGGUUUCCAAUGCCAGAUCCAGUUUGGGCCCCACAAUGAGCAGAAGCACAAGGCUGGCUUCCUCGACCUGAAGGACUUCCUGCCCAAGGAGUAUGUGAAGCAGAAGGGAGAGCGUAAGAUCUUCCAGGCACACAAGAAUUGUGGGCAAAUGAGUGAGAUUGAGGCCAAGGUACGCUAUGUGAAGCUAGCCCGUUCCCUCAAGACUUAUGGCGUCUCCUUCUUCUUGGUCAAGGAAAAGAUGAAAGGGAAGAACAAGCUAGUACCCAGGCUACUGGGCAUCACUAAGGAAUGUGUAAUGCGUGUGGACGAGAAGACCAAGGAGGUGAUCCAGGAGUGGAGCCUCACCAACAUCAAACGAUGGGCUGCCUCUCCCAAGAGUUUCACCCUGGACUUUGGAGAUUACCAGGAUGGCUACUACUCAGUACAGACAACUGAGGGGGAGCAGAUUGCCCAGCUCAUUGCCGGCUACAUUGAUAUCAUCCUUAAGAAGAAAAAAAGCAAGGACCACUUUGGCCUGGAGGGAGAUGAGGAGUCUACUAUGCUGGAGGACUCGGUGUCUCCCAAAAAGUCAACAGUUCUUCAGCAGCAGUAUAACCGGGUGGGGAAAGUGGAACAUGGCUCUGUGGCUCUGCCAGCCAUCAUGCGCUCUGGAGCCUCUGGUCCUGAGAAUUUCCAGGUGGGCAGCAUGCCACCUGCCCAGCAGCAGAUUACCAGUGGCCAAAUGCACCGAGGACACAUGCCUCCUUUGACUUCAGCCCAGCAGGCCCUCACCGGAACCAUUAAUUCUAGCAUGCAAGCUGUGCAGGCUGCCCAGGCCACUCUGGAUGACUUUGACACUCUGCCCCCUCUUGGCCAGGAUGCUGCCUCUAAGGCCUGGCGUAAGAACAAGAUGGAUGAAUCAAAGCAUGAGAUCCACUCCCAGGUAGAUGCUAUCACAGCUGGUACUGCCUCCGUGGUGAACCUGACAGCAGGGGACCCUGCAGAGACAGACUAUACUGCAGUGGGCUGUGCAGUCACCACAAUCUCCUCCAACCUGACGGAGAUGUCCCGUGGUGUGAAGCUGCUGGCUGCCUUGCUGGAGGAUGAAGGUGGCAGUGGCCGGCCCCUGCUGCAGGCAGCAAAGGGACUUGCAGGGGCAGUGUCAGAACUGCUUCGCAGUGCACAACCCGCCAGUGCUGAGCCCCGUCAGAACCUGCUACAAGCAGCUGGGAACGUGGGCCAGGCCAGUGGGGAGCUGUUGCAGCAAAUUGGGGAAAGUGACACUGACCCUCACUUCCAGGAGGUUCUAAUGCAACUAGCCAAGGCAGUGGCAAGUGCUGCAGCUGCCCUGGUCCUCAAGGCUAAGAGUGUGGCCCAGCGUACAGAAGACUCAGGUCUUCAGACCCAAGUGAUUGCUGCAGCCACACAGUGUGCCCUGUCCACCUCCCAACUGGUAGCCUGUACCAAGGUCGUGGCACCUACAAUCAGUUCACCUGUCUGCCAAGAGCAGUUGGUAGAGGCUGGACGACUAGUGGCCAAAGCCGUGGAGGGCUGUGUGUCUGCCUCCCAGGCAGCCACAGAAGAUGGACAGCUGUUGCGAGGAGUAGGGGCAGCAGCUACAGCUGUCACCCAGGCCCUGAAUGAGCUGCUGCAGCAUGUGAAAGCCCAUGCCACAGGGGCUGGGCCUGCUGGCCGUUAUGACCAGGCCACUGACACCAUCCUUACUGUCACUGAGAAUAUCUUCAGUUCCAUGGGUGAUGCUGGGGAGAUGGUGCGACAGGCCCGCAUCCUGGCCCAAGCCACCUCAGACCUGGUCAAUGCUAUCAAGGCUGAUGCCGAAGGGGAGAGUGAUCUGGAGAACUCUCGAAAGCUCCUGAGUGCUGCCAAGAUCCUGGCUGAUGCCACAGCCAAGAUGGUAGAGGCUGCCAAGGGGGCAGCCGCUCACCCUGACAGUGAGGAGCAGCAGCAGCGGCUGCGAGAGGCAGCUGAGGGGCUCCGCAUGGCCACCAAUGCAGCUGCACAGAAUGCCAUCAAGAAAAAGCUGGUACAACGUCUGGAGCAUGCAGCCAAGCAGGCUGCAGCCUCAGCUACACAGACCAUUGCUGCAGCCCAACAUGCAGCCUCUACUCCCAAGGCCUCUGCGGGCCCCCAGCCCCUGCUGGUGCAGAGCUGCAAGGCUGUGGCAGAGCAGAUUCCAUUGCUGGUGCAGGGCGUCCGUGGGAGCCAAGCUCAGCCUGACAGCCCCAGUGCUCAACUUGCCCUCAUUGCUGCCAGCCAGAGCUUCCUGCAGCCAGGUGGGAAGAUGGUGGCAGCUGCAAAGGCCUCAGUGCCAACGAUUCAGGAUCAAGCAUCAGCCAUGCAGCUGAGUCAGUGUGCUAAGAACCUAGGCACCGCACUGGCUGAACUCCGUACCGCUGCCCAGAAGGCUCAAGAAGCAUGUGGGCCUUUGGAGAUGGAUUCUGCACUGAGUGUAGUACAGAAUCUAGAGAGAGACUUGCAGGAAGUGAAGGCAGCAGCUCAAGAUGGCAAACUUAAGCCCUUACCUGGGGAGACAAUGGAAAAGUGUGCCCAGGACCUUGGCAAUAGCACCAAAGCAGUGAGCUCUGCCAUUGCCCAGCUGCUGGGAGAAGUUGCCCAGGGCAAUGAGAAUUAUGCAGGUAUUGCAGCUCGGGAUGUGGCAGGGGGGCUGCGGUCACUGGCCCAGGCCGCUAGGGGUGUAGCUGCCCUGACGUCAGAUCCUGCAGUGCAAGCCAUUGUGCUUGACACAGCCAGUGAUGUACUGGACAAGGCCAGCAGCCUCAUUGAGGAGGCAAAAAAGGCAGCUGGCCAUCCAGGGGACCCUGAGAGCCAGCAGCGUCUUGCCCAGGUGGCUAAAGCAGUGACUCAGGCACUGAACCGCUGUGUCAGCUGCCUGCCUGGCCAAAGAGAUGUAGAUAAUGCCUUGAGAGCAGUUGGAGAUGCCAGCAAGAGACUCCUGAGUGACUCGCUUCCUCCUAGCACUGGGACAUUUCAAGAAGCUCAGAGUCGAUUGAAUGAAGCUGCUGCUGGGCUGAAUCAGGCAGCCACAGAACUGGUGCAGGCCUCCCGGGGAACCCCUCAGGACCUGGCUCGCGCCUCCGGUCGAUUUGGACAAGAUUUCAGCACCUUCCUGGAAGCUGGCGUGGAGAUGGCCGGACAGGCCCCAAGCCAGGAGGACCGUACCCAGGUUGUGUCCAACUUGAAGGGCAUCUCCAUGUCUUCAAGCAAACUUCUUCUGGCUGCCAAGGCCCUGUCCACAGAUCCUGCUGCCCCCAACCUCAAGAGUCAGCUGGCUGCAGCUGCUAGGGCAGUGACUGAUAGCAUCAACCAGCUCAUCACCAUGUGCACCCAGCAAGCACCUGGACAAAAGGAGUGUGACAAUGCCUUGCGGGAAUUGGAGACUGUCCGAGAACUCCUAGAGAACCCAGUCCAGCCCAUCAACGACAUGUCCUACUUUGGUUGCCUGGACAGUGUCAUGGAAAAUUCAAAGGUGCUGGGUGAGGCCAUGACUGGCAUCUCCCAAAAUGCCAAGAAUGGGAAUCUGCCGGAGUUUGGAGAGGCCAUUGCCACAGCCUCCAAGGCCCUCUGUGGCUUCACUGAGGCAGCAGCACAGGCAGCAUAUCUGGUUGGUGUCUCUGACCCCAACAGCCAAGCUGGACAACAAGGGCUGGUGGAGCCCACACAGUUUGCCCGUGCAAACCAGGCAAUUCAGAUGGCCUGUCAGAGUUUGGGGGAGCCUGGCUGUACCCAGGCCCAGGUGCUCUCUGCAGCCACCAUUGUGGCAAAACACACCUCUGCACUGUGUAACAGCUGCCGCCUGGCUUCUGCCCGUACCGCCAAUCCUACUGCCAAGCGCCAGUUUGUACAAUCAGCCAAGGAGGUGGCCAACAGUACAGCCAAUCUUGUCAAGACCAUCAAGGCACUAGAUGGGGCCUUCACAGAAGAGAACCGAGCCCAGUGCCGAGCAGCCACAGCCCCUCUGUUGGAGGCCGUGGAAAAUCUGAGUGCCUUUGCAUCCAACCCUGAGUUUUCCAGCAUUCCUGCCCAGAUUAGCCCUGAGGGCCGGGCUGCCAUGGAGCCCAUUGUGAUUUCUGCUAAGACAAUGUUGGAGAGUGCUGGGGGACUAAUCCAGACAGCCCGGGCCCUAGCAGUCAAUCCCCGGGACCCCCCACGCUGGUCAGUGCUAGCUGGCCACUCACGGACUGUCUCAGACUCCAUCAAGAAGCUCAUUACAAGCAUGAGGGACAAGGCCCCAGGGCAGCUGGAGUGUGAGACGGCCAUUGCAGCUCUGAACAGCUGUCUGCGGGACCUAGACCAGGCUUCCCUUGCUGCAGUCAGCCAGCAGCUUGCUCCCCGUGAGGGGAUCUCUCAAGAGGCCUUGCAUACUCAGAUGCUUACUGCAGUGCAGGAGAUCUCCCAUCUCAUUGAACCACUGGCCAGUGCUGCCCGUGCUGAAGCCUCCCAGCUGGGACACAAGGUGUCCCAGAUGGCUCAGUACUUUGAGCCACUCACCCUGGCUGCAGUGGGUGCUGCUUCCAAGACCCUGAGCCACCCACAGCAGAUGGCGCUUCUGGACCAGACAAAAACAUUGGCAGAGUCUGCCCUUCAGUUGUUGUACACUGCCAAGGAGGCUGGUGGUAACCCCAAGCAAGCAGCGCAUACCCAGGAAGCCCUAGAAGAAGCUGUGCAGAUGAUGACAGAGGCUGUAGAGGACUUGACAACAACCCUUAAUGAGGCAGCCAGUGCUGCAGGUGUUGUUGGUGGCAUGGUGGACAACAUCACUCAGGCCAUCAACCAGCUAGAUGAAGGACCAAUGGGUGAGCCAGAAGGUUCUUUUGUGGAUUACCAGACAACCAUGGUGCGGACAGCCAAGGCCAUUGCGGUCACUGUUCAGGAGAUGGUAACCAAGUCAAACACCAGCCCUGAGGAGCUGGGCCCUCUCGCCAACCAACUGACCAGUGACUAUGGCCGACUGGCUUCAGAAGCCAAGCCUGCAGCUGUGGCUGCUGAAAAUGAAGAGAUAGGUGCCCACAUCAAGCACCGAGUACAGGAGCUGGGCCAUGGCUGUGCUGCUCUGGUCACCAAGGCAGGUGCUCUGCAGUGCAGCCCCAGCGAUGCCUACACAAAGAAGGAGCUCAUAGAGUGUGCCCGGAGAGUCUCAGAGAAGGUCUCCCAUGUCCUGGCUGCACUCCAAGCUGGAAAUCGUGGCACCCAGGCCUGCAUCACAGCAGCCAGUGCUGUGUCUGGUAUCAUUGCUGACCUUGACACCACCAUCAUGUUUGCUACUGCUGGCACCCUCAACCGGGAGGGUGCUGAAACUUUUGCUGAUCACCGGGAGGGCAUUCUGAAGACUGCAAAAGUACUGGUGGAAGACACCAAGGUCCUGGUGCAGAAUGCAGCUGGGAGCCAGGAGAAGUUGGCACAGGCUGCCCAGUCCUCUGUGGCCACCAUUACCCGCCUUGCUGACGUGGUCAAGCUUGGUGCAGCUAGCCUGGGAGCCGAGGACCCUGAGACCCAGGUGGUGCUGAUCAAUGCAGUGAAGGAUGUAGCCAAGGCUCUGGGUGACCUUAUCAGUGCUACGAAGGCUGCAGCUGGCAAAGUUGGGGAUGACCCUGCAGUGUGGCAGCUCAAGAACUCUGCAAAGGUGAUGGUGACCAAUGUGACAUCAUUGCUCAAGACAGUGAAGGCUGUGGAAGAUGAGGCCACCAAAGGCACACGGGCCCUGGAGGCAACCACAGAACAUAUACGGCAAGAACUGGCGGUUUUCUGUUCCCCAGAGCCCCCUGCCAAGACCUCUACCCCAGAAGAUUUCAUCCGAAUGACCAAAGGUAUCACCAUGGCAACAGCCAAAGCUGUUGCUGCUGGCAAUUCCUGUCGCCAGGAAGAUGUUAUUGCCACAGCCAAUCUGAGCCGCCGUGCUAUCGCAGAUAUGCUGCGGGCUUGCAAGGAAGCAGCUUACCACCCAGAAGUGGCUCCUGAUGUACGGCUUCGAGCCCUGCACUAUGGCCGAGAAUGUGCCAAUGGCUACCUGGAACUGCUGGAGCAUGUGCUACUGCCGACGCUGCAGAAGCCAAACCCAGAACUGAAGCAGCAAUUGACAGGACACUCAAAGCGGGUGGCUGGUUCAGUCACCGAGCUCAUCCAGGCUGCUGAGGCUAUGAAAGGAACAGAAUGGGUAGAUCCAGAGGACCCCACAGUCAUUGCAGAGAAUGAGCUCCUGGGAGCUGCGGCCGCCAUUGAGGCUGCAGCCAAAAAGCUAGAGCAGCUGAAACCCAGAGCUAAACCCAAGGAGGCAGAUGAGUCCUUGAACUUUGAGGAACAGAUUCUGGAAGCUGCAAAGUCCAUUGCAGCAGCUACCAGUGCACUGGUAAAGGCUGCCUCAGCUGCCCAGAGGGAACUGGUGGCACAAGGGAAGGUGGGCGCCAUUCCAGCUAAUGCACUGGACGAUGGACAGUGGUCCCAGGGCCUUAUUUCUGCUGCCCGGAUGGUGGCUGCAGCUACCAACAAUCUGUGUGAGGCAGCUAAUGCAGCUGUCCAAGGCCAUGCCAGCCAGGAGAAGCUCAUCUCCUCAGCCAAGCAGGUAGCUGCUUCCACAGCACAACUCCUUGUGGCCUGUAAGGUCAAGGCUGACCAGGACUCUGAGGCAAUGAAACGGCUUCAGGCUGCUGGCAAUGCAGUAAAACGAGCCUCGGAUAACCUGGUGAAGGCAGCCCAGAAGGCUGCAGCUUUUGAAGACCAGGAGAAUGAGACAGUGGUAGUGAAGGAGAAGAUGGUUGGGGGCAUUGCCCAGAUAAUUGCAGCACAGGAAGAGAUGCUUAGGAAGGAACGGGAACUGGAGGAGGCACGUAAGAAGCUGGCCCAGAUCCGGCAGCAGCAGUACAAGUUCCUGCCUUCAGAACUUCGAGAUGAGCACUAGGGAAGCUGCUUCUGUUUAACUCAGACCCAGCCCAGAGACUGUGCCUGCCACUACCAAAGCCUUCUGGGCUGUCAGGGCCCAACCUGCCCAACCCCAGCACUCCCCAAAGUGCCUGCCAAACCUGGGGCCUGGCCCUGCCCAGUCCCACUGCACAUCCCCUGAGACCUCCCCAACUCCAAGUGCCUUCAUGCCCUAGGGCCCCUAAGUGCCUGCCCUUCCAGAGUAUUAACGCUCCAAGAGUAUUAACGCUGCUGUAUCAAUCUGAACCCAUCAGGGCCCCAGCCCACACCACCCUGCCAGCAGCUUCUAGCCAGCCCCUACAGCCUCAUCAGCUCAACUCAUCCUUUUUUGAUACUGUCUGUCCCCCACCCCAGCUACCAAUGGGGCUGCAGGGUUAUAAGCCCCAAACAGGUCAUGCUCCAAUAAAUAUGAUUCUACCUACAA